CAAAUGUCUAUGGCUCGUAUUUUUUUACUUCUCUAUUUUUCCACUCCUACAUUAUUUUGUCAUCUCUUUACGGAUCUGCACUUGUUUUAGCCAUUCCAUUCCUUCUGUUCGAUUGAUAAAAACUACAAGCAAAAGGCGGCCAGAGCAGAGUAUAUAUUCUCAGAUCAGUUAGCAGAAAUAAAUCUAAACCUUGCUAUGAAGGAAUAAGGUCAAGUUUAGUUCGUGACCUUGUGACGUCAACGCAGAAGCAAACAAGCGAAAUAUACCUCAGUGAUAUAUCAGCGGCGACUCUAAUCGAAGCACCAUUACGGACUGGGUACACGCACUGCAGCGGAUCACAACAAAACAUUUCUACGUACACGAAAUAUGACAUGGGUAAUAUGUUUAUGCCCCGGUUUAUUAAUGCGUACGAACAAUUUUUUACAAGGUAAUUGUACCUGAACGACCUGCGAUAGUUCAGCGGUAAUCAGGUGUAUAUAAGUUGCAAACAUGGUCAAAGUCCGAUCAAACGAUACAGGCGAGAAGACUAUACUUCUGGAUUUAUGAACGUAUAUGGAUUUUGACAGAUAUGGAUUUGGCUAUCAACCAGGCCAGUAGUGAAUGAAACGUGCAAGUCGUGUUGCUUGGCAGGAUAUGCCAAAUUCAAGAUCAAUUUGGUUACAACUCGAAUGACCUGUUAAUGCUACGUGAGAGUGAACUGAACAUGGACUUUGAAUUCCAUGUCCUGCCUGUUAAAGAUUAUUCCUCUUUCUGUUUAUUACUGGAUUGGCGAUGAAAUAACUUCGAUCAGAAAUCGGAUUGGCAGACAGGAUUCGUCGCAUAUUGAUACUGAUAGCGACGCGAUGAUGUAAGGCGAUCACAGCUUGGCCUAAUCAAUCGUCAACCUGGAUGACUCGACUAAAAAUGAGGACGCAAAUUCUAUGCAGUUUAUAUACCUGAAUAGAAUUAUUACACAUCGAUGAAUAUUAUUUUACUUUCGCCCUGCGAGGAAAUGACUCGAUCGGAAAUUCAUCUUGGUUACAUUUGGACAUUUAUGGGUUAUAUUAUACCCCCGGGCCCCGGUAACAUCUCUAUGUACAAUUACACUUACUAGGUCUAUAAUUCAUUAGACAUUAGACAUUAGACAUUGACGGGUGUAUUGAUUGGACCCUAAGUUACCCCGGGCCGGCCCGUGGCCACAGCUCAGUCGGAGCAAUGACAUCAACCGAGUCUUGAUUUGUGUGGAUUAACGACAAAAACUCUCAUGGACUGUAAAAGUGAACGAUUUGAAAACUGGAACUAGUGAAAAUGGCUAGCUUUACAGCGAAUCCACUCGGUCGUGUAAAAUUGGUAAAAUCCUUGGUGACGAUUGUGUUCUGUAUGGUUGUGGGGUAUGCGCAUCUUACCACCAAAACUGACUCACGGCAAAAGCAAAGACUGGAGGAAACAAACUAUGAUGGUGCUUCCAGAUUGAAGAACGUAGACAGAUUCAUCAAAGACGAAUUUCUCCAGGAUGAAACAUCGAGAAGAAGGCUUCUGUUCGUCGAUGAGAAUGGGGAUGAUGACGAAGACAACUGCACAGUGAGGGGCAUCAGUAAGUUUCCAAGGGGUGUCUUCACGAACGAGCAGCGGAAGGGCGGGGCUCUGGUAGUCAACUUCCUAGUAUCUCUCUACCUCUGUGGUGCUAUUGGUUAUGUGUGCGCCGCCUACUUCGUGCCUUCCCUUGAAAUACUUUGUGAACGUCUAAAACUACAACCUGAUGUAGCGGGUGCAACUUUCAUGGCGGCUGGUAGCUCGGCACCUGAACUCUUCUCAGCUGUUAUAGGAACAUUUAUUUCGUAUGAUGAUACAGGAUUGAGUGCCAUUGUUGGUUCGGCGGCUUUCAACAUCUUUGUCAUCAUCAGUCUAUGCUGUUUCUUAGCCGGGCAGGAGCUUGUCAUUCACUGGUGGCCGUUUUGCCGUGACUGUUUUGUAUACGUGAUCAGUAUUAUAUUAAUGGUAGUGGUUCUUCUUGACGGAGAAAUACAGUGGUGGGAAGGUUUGAUACUAUCCUGUGGGUACAUCGUGUACAUCGUCAUUAUGUAUUUCAACCCGUAUCUAUCCAAGCGGGCUGAAGAAAUAGGAGCGAAUUGGAGAAGGCGUGGCCAUAACUAUGACAACCCAUCCGAAGAAGAAGACACAGUCAGUCUCCUUUCAGACCAGCACAACGAGGUCCUCUAUGGUGAAGCCCAGACGCCUAACGGUGAACUUAGUGGUCGACAUAGCUACGGGACGGUGUCUGAUUACGAAAACGGUUACAUUCCCGAUGGUGGAAGCUACCCGGAGAAACCCCGAACAGUGACGACCACCAGCUCCGUGGUCACUGACCACCCACUCCUAUCUGAGCAAGACAGUCAUGUCUUCUCUCCUCCAUCUUCCUGGUUCUUUCGCGUUCUCUGGUUCGUCGGCCUUCCCGUCAUCUUAAUCAUGUUCCUCACCGUGCCUGACUGCAGGAAACCGGGUCUCUGGAGGAGACUCUAUUUCUUCACGUUUUUUAUAUCCACGGUCUGGUUGGCUGGGUUGGCGUAUGUCCUCUAUUGGAUGAUCGUAGUCAUAGGAUACACGUUGGAUAUCCCUGAUACAGUGAUGGGGAUCUCACUCUUAGCCGCAGGGACAAGCGUACCUGAUGCCAUCGCUAGCGUCUUGGUAGCCAGAGAUGGUUACGGUGACAUGGCUCUGUCUAACAUCGUCGGGAGCAACAUCUUCGAAGUGUUCAUCUGUCUAGGUCUUCUAUGGUUCAUCUACGGUCUCGUCUACCAGCGUCCUGUCGAGAUCGCCAGCGAAGGCCUGCUCUUUACCACGGUCGCCCUCCUGGUCACUGUCGCUUUCAUUCUCCUGGCCAUCCAUCUGAACGGAUGGAAGCUCGACAAGAAGAUGGGCGUCUUGUGCAUGUGCGUCUAUUUAAUCUUCAUCACCAUCGCGAUCGUAUGGGAGCUCGGCCUUAUCGGGGGCAUCGAUUUACCACAUUUCUGCAAUGGGCCGACUUGAUUAAUGCCACCGACCCCGGACUACCAGCUGGAUAUUUACACCUUCUCCUCGUUAAGUGCCGGCGACAUUAAGGCGGAAGAGACAAUGCGAUGAUAAUAAUACUAAUAAUUAAAUCAACAGUACUACUUUACAGACACACAAUUUAAAACAAAAAUGGUAAAAACUUCCUGAAAACAAGUGCGUCGUCAAAAAAACUUUGAAGACUACAACAGAUGAGGCUUUUCUUUUGUGUAGUGGUAGGUUAUUCCAAAGCUUUUGAGCGAGCGGUGCGAUUAAAAGCGCAAUCUCAAAGAGUUUCUUUUGUUUUUUUGUGUGAGGUAGCUUUAGAAGCAACCUGUUCCUGUCUACUUCGUAAGUUAUGUGCAUAUGAAUGUGAUUUAAAUGAUUACAAUUCAAUUAAAUAAUUUGGGCUUGACCAUUAAAUACUUUGUAAACAAGCAAAGUAUCUUAAAUGAAAUUCUACACCUUAUUGGGAACGAAUGUAACUUAAUUGAAACUGGUGUCUUUCACAUGCAUUCUAAACACGCUGCAAGUUUAUUUUUGUGAAUCUGGUAAGCCAAACAAUAAUCCAUUGCAGUAAUCAAAGCUACUGCUAGUAAAUGCCACGUUACUAGCACGAUCGUAAACUUCAGAUGAUUUUAUAGUCUUACCCACGACCUAUUGAAAUGUGAACAAUGACGUAACAUAAUUUAUUCAUAUUACUGACGGUUUUCUAAUGAUUAGAAGUACUAUAUCAGGGAUUAACUUUGUUCAUAAUAAUAUAUAUUACCCCAUGGUUUUAUGUUUUUUCUGCAUAUGUUUAAGUUUAUAUCUCAGUCCAGCGAGUGUACAAAUGGGUGGGUGUUUAGCACUUUAUUUUUGAUAGAGGGUGACAUCUUCUUCUUCUCCUGGAGUUGAGUUUGGCAUUUAGUCACGAUUGACUAUUUUCGCCACACACUAUAUAAUAUCUAUUUUAUGAAUCAUUUAUAUAUAUCUAUAUAUAUGCAAUUACAUGUCAUGAUUUACUAUUCUUAGGAUUUUUUCAUCCUUCCUUUUUCUCGCAAUUUUCUCUUUAGUUUAAGAAAAAAUAUGUAAAUAGAUAAAUUUCGGACGAGACGCCAUAAUAGCUGUACGUACGUGCGUUUACGCUUUUUAAAAAAAACUUUUGUACUUCACACUCACCUCCACCCUUUUCAACAUGCCAUCUUAACAGUCUUUUUAAAAAUUACAUUUGGCAGACUUGCCCAUGGUCUUCUUCCUUGUAAAGACUUCAUCGUUUUCUUUUUGUUUGUAUAGAAAGCAUAAUUAUUUGGAUCUUACAGAUAAAAUUUGAAAUGAAAUAUAUAUAUCUAUCAAAGUGCAAUUUUAAUUUGAUAAACCUUGAUUGUCAGUAACAUGUUCUUCAUAGCUUUAUAGUGUCUAUCGAUUGAUGUGUACUCGUAAAACGAUCAACGGUGCUCCAAUAUUCAUUUAAGAUAAUGCAAAUGUAAGUGCAAUCUGUGCAGUUUUCAUGCCGAUGAAAAGUGCUAUUUUCCGCAUCGGAAUUAAUUUGUAAACAACAGUUUGGCUUGAGACGACGUAAGAGUAUAAUUAUAUAUAACAUGUUCAUCUGAAA